UUAUCCUUUCACAGUUAUCUAAUGUUGGCUUUACUAGCUUUUCCUUUUAAACUGUUUUGUUUCCCAGUGGUCCCAUGAAAUAAUUGCACAAAUGAAGGACUGUAUUAGCAUGUUCUGGGAUGCAAUAAUGUUGCAACAUCUGCUCAGUGUGGCUGCAUAUGGAAUGAUGAAUUUUGUCCCUGAUGUAGUAUAUUCUCUUACAUAUAAGAAAUUUAUGGUUUUGAACUUGAUGCUAUAAAGUAUUCUGAUUCCUCCCAAACAGAAUAUAAAGGUGGUUGUUGGAGGAAAAAAGUUGAAGGAAAAAAAAGAGCACAAAAGUUGAAUUCUAAUGAAAAUGUGUUCUAAUUAAUUCUACAAAUUCACAGUUCUUUACAUUUAUGAUUAGUUUUUCCCCAAAAAGUAGUUACUAGAACAAAUAAGUAGUUUUAAGAAUCUUCGUACCAGAUGUGCAAUUUGCAAAGCUCUUUUCAGGCUCAAACAGACUCUUCUUAUGGAAAUAGGAAUAGGAGAUGACUACAAAGCUCCCGUUAGCAGCCUCUCAAAGAGUCAGUGCAAUUUCAGAAAUCUGUCCCAGAAUACACAGGGUGGCCAUGCCUUGUUCCUGAGCUCACUGUGGGCUGAUUUGUUUCAGGUUGGUUUGUAAAUUGCCAUAGGGUUAAUUUAAGCAGGUUAAUUUUUUCUAGCAGAUAAUGCAUGGAACUCUAGUUAGACUGAAGGGAUGUUGUUUAAGACCAACAUCAUUAUCAAUGGUAAUCUGGAUAGAGAGCAUGCAGGAGAUCAGAAAUCCUACUUAUAGAGUAUAUUGGUCAUCUUGGAUAAGAACUGCAGUUCUUCAGUGAGUCCUGACUAAAAAAUACAUGCUGAGCUAAUUAGCUAAAAUGAGAAAGGCAGUUAUGGGUCAACUGUCAGGUUUGUAUUUUAUAUAGCAAAUAAUUUGGGGAUUCUUGCUAUUUUAGACAGUUUUGUUCACUAAACCAUUUGUUCUGUCAGUUAAAAAUUAAAAUCUAGUUUUGUGAAGUUUUUUUCCCCAAAGCAUAAAUUUGUUAAAUAUGUAAAUAUGUUCUUUGCACAUUUUUUUUCUUCUGCCAUGUAAUUGCUGUAUGAAUAUGGGUAAAUAUAUUUUUCUUGGACAUAUACUAUUACUUUACAUUUAAUGUGUUACUGAUAAAACUGACCAGCAUAUUUAGACUCAACGCUUACAGCAUCUUCAAAGUACUGAGAUAAAAUCCUGGAUGAUUCCAGUGUUUUGUUUUCUGUAAGCACUGAGUUUCAUCUUUUCUCCAGCUGAUAGCAAUGACACUUGAAAAAAGAGAGAGUGAGGCAGCUCUUCUGAUAUUUUUGGAUGGCAGUUUGGAAGGCAUUUUGGAAUGUCUGUUUAACCCAUUGUGUCAGGCUUCAGAUGCACAAAAUCAAGAGUACUCCAAUUGUAAACUCAAUGUGUUAUGUUUCUGCAGCUGUUUUUGGAUAGAAAUGAAUGCUCUCAAAUCCCAAACAUAUGCUGCAUUUCAAUUAAUUUUUUUAAAGCACAGACUGCUUUCUGCCAAGAUUGAGGUAGACCUCUGUGAGCUGGUUUCUAUAUUUAUAGAAGCCUAAUCAAAGUUUUCUCCUGCAGAAAACAGGGGUCAGCUUCUGAGCAUGUGAUCUCAUGGUGCUGAUGUGAAACUCUUUUGGAUACUGUGUCCUUCUUCCUCCCUUUCUUCCCCAUUUCUUUGCUGACUUUCUCCCAUGGUAGUUGCUGUACAAGUGCUCAGCUGCACUGUCGUAUAACCCAGUCUUGCCUUAGUCCAGGGAAUGGUGCGAGUUGAGCUCUUGGAAAAAAGCUACAUGGUUCAUCUGCCAGAGGCUGAACUGCACAUGCCUAGUGCUGAUCCAUUUCACAUUGGUUGCUUAAUCUACUUUUAAAAAGGCAUUCUUGUUUUCUCUGAGAGCUGUGGACAAGACUAUGCCAAUUAAAAGCAUUUCAUUUGCCUGUUCUCACCUGAAGGCAGAUUUUCACAUCUAGUUUCCAGUGCCAUCAAUGGAUGCUGGCAGUAAUAAGCCAUUUCUUGCUAUUUGGAAAUUAAUAACUCCUUCAGAAAUGUUCUGUUUUCUUGCAUGUGUUAAAUACUGGAAGUUAGGCAUUCUACAGGAAAAUCAGGUAGGCAAAGCAAAUGUUACAUUUAAAGCACAAAAUAUAAAAUCUUUGACAAAGUUCAGAAGUAAUUCUACCAAAGUAACUAACAUGCUCUUCAGAAGUUUAACCUCAUGUUCUGUUAGAUGUUGUUGUGGGCUUGUUCUUAAUAAUCAAAAACCCACUGAUUUCUCCUUGCUUCUCCCCCUUUUGAACAGCUUUUUUACCUUUCUUGCUUUCCUGUAUGCUCUGUGCUGGGCUUCUUCCCCCAGGCAAAGAGUGACUUGUCUCACACAAGCUUUGGCUUCUGCUCACAUUAGCCUAAAUGCAACUAAUGCCACAUGGAGGGGUGCUCCGAGAACUGUUUGUUUUGUUAAUGGCAUGUUUUGCACAUUGGAUUUUUAACCCACUACUUGCUGCAUGGAUGGGUAAUAACGACUCUUUUGUUUAACAUUAGAUAAGCAUGAGAUCACCGAGGCACAGCUGCAUGUGUAGUCACUCUUGAAGCAAUUGCACACCUAAUUGGCUGACAAUCUUGGCAUUUUCAAAAUAAACACAAGCCUUUUAAAGACAGGAGACAUAUUUAUGUAUGAAUAGUCAAAUAAACCUGUCGGGUGUCAUCAAUGGAGCCCUCUGGCACUGAACAGUUGUGUGAUGACCCUGAUCCUGGAGGCAAAUCCCAAGAUCAAGAGACCAAAAAACAACACGAAUCAGAGCAAAAAUUAUCCAAAAUAACGCAUAAUGCUUUGGAGAACAUUAAUGUCAUUGGUCAAGGCUUGAAGCACCUGUUCCAGCAUCAGCGCAGGAGGUCGUCCGUUUCUCCACAUGAUGUGCAGCAAGCUCAGGGUGAGCUGGAGCCUGAUCUGGAUUUGGAAAGCCAAAGCGUCUGUGCUGAAAUUGAUGGUGUCUCCACCCACCCCACAGCUCUGAACCGGGUGCUUCAGCAGAUCAGAGUGCCACCUAAAAUGAAGAGAGGGACGAGCCUGCACAGCAGGUGGGGCAAGGCAGAUGCCCCAAAAGGAAGCCCCCAGAUCAACAGAAGGUCUGCCCAGGAUAUUCAGUCAGGUCGGCCCAGAUCAUCAUCCACUACAGAUGCUCCCACAAACUUGUCCGUGAUGGAGAUUGCUUCUUCUAUCUAUGUAGGUGGAGAGGAGGCCGCAGCAGCAGCAGCAAUCGAGCGAUUGGAAGUCAGCAGCUUGGCGCAGACCUCCAGUGCCGUGGCCUCCAGCACUGAUGGCAGCAUCAACACGGACUCUGUUGAUGGGACCCCAGAUCCACAGAGGACAAAAGUGGCCAUCACGCACUUGCAGCAGAAGAUACUGAAGCUGACUGAGCAGAUCAAAAUUGAGCAAACAGCCCGUGAUGAUAACGUGGCGGAGUACCUGAAAUUGGCCAACAAUGCAGACAAGCAGCAGAGCGCCCGCAUUAAGCAAGUGUUUGAGAAGAAAAAUCAAAAGUCAGCCCAGACCAUCUUGCAGCUGCAGAAGAAACUGGAACAUUACCACCGAAAGCUGCGAGAGAUUGAACAGAAUGGGAUUCCUCGGCAGCCAAAGGAUGUCUUCAGGGAUAUGCAUCAGGGUUUGAAAGAUGUUGGAGCAAAAGUCACUGGCUUCAGUGAGGGAGUGGUAGACAGUGUAAAAGGUGGGCUUUCCAGUUUCUCCCAGGCCACACACUCGGCAGCAGGAGCUGUGGUUUCCAAACCCCGGGAGAUUGCCUCCCUCAUAAGAAACAAGUUUGGGAGUGCAGACAACAUUGCUAAUCUGAAAGACUCCUUAGAAGAAGGCCAGGACGAUGGGACAGGAGGCAAGGCUCUAGGCAUUAUUCAGAACUUUCAGUCAAGCCCAAAAUAUGGUAGUGAAGAGGAUUGCUCCAGUGCCACAUCGGGCUCAGUGGGAGCCAACAGCACAACGGGGGGCCCUGUGGGAGCUUCCAGCUCCAAAACAAACACUCUGGAUAUGCAGAGCUCAGGGUUUGACGCAAUAUUGCAUGAGAUUCAAGAAAUUCGAGAGACACAGGCAAGACUGGAAGAGUCAUUUGAGGACCUUAAGGUUCGCUACCAGAGGGAUUACACGUUGAUAAUGCAGACCCUGCAGGAGGAGCGGUACAGAUGUGAAAGACUUGAAGAGCAGUUAAAUGACCUGACUGAGCUCCACCAGAAUGAGAUCCUCAAUUUGAAACAGGAGCUGGCCAGCAUGGAGGAAAAGAUUGCCUAUCAGUCUUACGAGCGAGCCCGGGACAUCCAGGAGGCGCUGGAAGCGUGCCAGACACGCAUCUCCAAGAUGGAACUGCAGCAGCAGCAGCAGCAAGUGGUGCAGUUGGAGGGGCUGGAGAAUGCCACAGCCAGGAACCUGCUGGGGAAGUUCAUCAACAUCCUGCUGGCUGUCAUGGCUGUCCUUCUCGUCUUCGUCUCCACUGUGGCCAACUGUGUCGUGCCCCUCAUGAAGACUCGCAAUAGGACGUUCAGCACUUUAUUUAUAGUGGUUUUCAUUGCCUUUUUGUGGAAGCACUGGGACGCCAUCACCGGCUACUUGGAACGGUUCUUGUCUCCCCCCAGAUGAUGGUGGCAGGAAUGGGCUAUGUUGCUCCCUCCCGGCGCUCUUGGUGAGCAAGUGUGGCAAAGAUUAGUCAGCAACUACUCUGCUGAAGUUUUAAAGUGUCCGAGUGAAUUUGUUUACAUUUAAAAUAACAUUUUUUCUCUGCAAGAUGCAUUGCAAUAGUAUUUUUUAGAUUUUAUUCAAGAACUCUUUUGGCGAGAAUCCUGGAUAAUUUUUAUGUAGCAUGGUUCUCUUUGGAUGCAAAUCUUAAGAUUCUUUAAAAUGUACAAAAGAAAUUAAUAAAAUACAGAAAUUUGGAGCAUACCAACGGGCAAUUUAAAUUGUGGCUUGAACUACUGUACUAAACCUGUCAGGAAGAAGAGAACGUGGUUAGCUUAAGAUGAUCAAAGCUCAGUCUAGUGCACAGCCUUGAAUGAUGGUACCACAGCAAACCUGUAACACUAAACUUUUACUGUGAAGUCUGAUCACAUUCCAUGUCCAAAUGUAUGCGUUCAGAGUGGUUUCUUUCCUUAACAAGAGAAAAACGGCGUGGAUCUCUCUCAGCUCAGCAUCUGGGUUCACCGUUUGUGCUAACCUGACUUCAGUAACUUUCUGUAAGGCUGGCUAACUUGGCUGAGUGUAUGGAGUGGAAGCCUCAUGCCAUACACAAUAACUGCACAGUCGUGCUACAGUAUUUUGAAGUAGUCCUUGAAAUACUUAUCUUUAAGCAGAAGCCCUUGGUCGCACUUUUAAGGUUUUUUUUAAUAUAUGUAUAUUCACAGAUUUAAAAAAAAUCCAAACAGCAUACUUGAAGAGUGUAAUACUCAAACUCUCAGUGCUUCCUUAUUGUUUCUAAUAGGAUUUUUUAUUAUUAUUAUUAUUAUUAUAAUUAUUAUUAUUAUUGGGGGUUUUUUUGGAAGGGAUUGGGAGGGUCAUUACUUUUUUUUUUUCUUUCAAAUAAAGAAGUGGUGUUUGUAAAUGAAGAAAUGUGUGAAUAAUUGUGAGGUGUCUUAUCCUGACGCAGUUUUGAGGAGGGCGGAGAGUAGUUUCUAGUGCCAGGCUGUCGAACACGGUGCUGUUCACAUGCUAUUUGUCUGUCCUCCUGAGCAUACAGAUGCAGCAUCAUCAAAAACCAUCUGUCUUCUCCACACCUUUUUGUCAUGCAAGGCUUUUUUCCUUUUCCAGAUGUGAAGGAUAGUAUGUUUAUAUUUUUUGUUUGCAUGUCAUCUCUCAUUCCUGCCUCAGGGUAAGAAGAAGGAAUUUCUGUUCAUCCCUUCCUUAGGGAAAAGACAGGUUCUUUUAAGGAAAGAAAUAAUGACUCAACAGUCCACUUAAAAGAAUGGUUGUCUCAGAAGUAGCUCUAAUUUUUAAAGAAACCCCAGAAAAGUGAAACCAAAGUUUUCCUCCUGUAAGGCUCUGGUAAGAUCAUUUGUGUGUCUGUGUCUGUGGUGUGCCAAGAGAGCAUCCUCUUUUUUCAGCCACAGGAGCCAGCACUUGGUGCAGACACCUUUGCAAAGCUCUAAAGGAAAUGUCAGCCUCAAAUGUAACCCCAAGCCUUCUCAGCAUGUCAUUGCUGGUGACCUGUUGGUACAGGCAGGCAGCCCUCAUGUCCAAGGAAUCUGUGUUCACUCUGUGCUGGUUUUUAACUGCUGUCCCUUUCACCAUAACAAUGCCAAGAUUCAUCUUCUGUCUUCAUGAAAUCCCAAAAGACUCCAUGAUUCUCUUUCAAAACCAUUUAUGGUGUUUAGUUAGGUCUUACUAUUUUUCUUCCUUCCAGGAUCAGGUUCCCUCUAGGAACCAGAUGUUGCCCACAUGACCUAAACCAGUUGAAAUCAUACCUUUACAUUUAUGAGACAUUACAUCACGUACAUAUAUAUAGACACAUACUGUACAGACAUUGUGCUGUGAUGCAGAUUCUGAGAAAUUCCCUCAAACAAGUUUAACAGUCUUGAGGGUUUUCUGAUUGCCAGUGGAGGCAAACUGUCCACCGUCCAACCAUCUUGCUUCCUCCAAAGGUUUUUUCUGUAGUCAGAGGAAAUUCAGGUGCCCCCUCUCCAGGGAUCCCAGCACACCUCUCUGUCACCAUGUGCACUAGUCUGCUCCUGUCCUACUUAAAAUACAAAUUGCCAAUUGCAGCUGACUCAGGCCAAUGCUGCUUCUGCUUUCUGCAGUGCCACAGCCAGAGCAAAGGUGCAUGGCCAUUCCUCCCCUUGGCCCUGCUCCUUGCUCCAGUGGGGCUCUGGUCUGUUGCCACCCUUCUCUGAUGACUCAUGUUUCUUGGGUAACUAUUGGCUUCCUAUUACACAGUUUUGUCAGAAACAAAUGUGUCAAUAGCAGUAAGAACUGAUUUGGGACAUAAGUGAAAUGCUUUGUUGCCUUUAUUUCUGGAACCUGGCCUUUUUACCUCUGUUUUUUUCAGUUUUGAUCACAGUAGAAUUACGUAUGGGAGGUUUUUAUGUGGUCAGAGCAGGAAGGAGUUAAAAGCCAAUCUGGACACACAGUGCCCCUCAUCUGUAGUAUUUAGGAAGUCUUUGUCCCUCUUCUUUAUAUUCUGAUUUCAUGUAGCGUCUCAACUCUGUCAUAUUCAAUAAUUACUAUUUGCUAAUUUGCUAGAAGGUGCAGGCUUAAUAGAAACUUACACCUCAGAACUGUUUGGUGGAGGCCCCGUGUAUAUGAGUCUGGACAAAGUGUCUGUCUCCUCUCUCGACAGUUUCUUCCAUUCCAGAAAAUUGUCUGCAGUAAUGCCAUGUAUGAUGCUGCAUCCACUUUUCAUAUCCUAACACAAUUGCCAUGUGUUUUGCCUUUUGAAUUAGCAGAACAUUUUGGGGUUUUUCUCCCUCUUCAGUUUGAAGGUCUGUGAUGAUUUCUGAUAGCUUAACAAUAAUGAUAUUGUUGGAAAUGUGAUUCUAGCUUUAAAGCUCCCUUUCCUUGUACGUGGUUGUGUUUGCUUUCCUGAUGGAGUGUUUCUGGAUGACACACAGAGGACAGUUUCAGCUGCGGAUGUGAGUGCAUGUGUGCGUACCUUUAACAACCUUCUUUGUAGAUACAAAUGUUUUAGUGACCAUCUCAAGAGCUGCAGAAUGUUUCCCAAAACAUUUCUUAUUCAGAGUUGAAAAGACACAGAAAUUGCUUAGAUGUGUUUGUAGCACAUUAUCACCUUGGCACGUAAAAAAGGAAAAAAUAUAAUGGACUGCGUAAGUUUCAAAAGCAGCAGCUCCUCACUGACAUUUGAGAGUUCAAAUGAAUUUCAUCUGUUUCCCCUGUUUCCUUCAAUUCAAAGAAAGAAUAUCUUGAUGCAAAAAAAAUUACCAUUUAAAAUUUCAUAAAGUUCUUUUCUUCUUUUAUUAGUUUAGUUUAAUGAUACCCAACAUGCUCCCAGCAGUUACUCCAUUGAUUUAUUCCAAUCCCUUGUGCGCAUAGGUCUGAUCAAAUGAACUGCUGACUUGUGUACGUGUUACACUGGGACAGGAAAGCACUGUCUGACAGCUUUGAAAAUAUGCAUUUUUUAUUUAAAAAAAAAAAAAGGCAUUUUAACAAAAGAAGCCAGGCUACAAAGGGUUCGAGAUUGAGUAGUUUUGCCAGUUUUUAAGUGAAUUCUGAAUGUGGCUAAGGAGUUGCAAACCCUGUGUGUCUGUGUUGUGUAUGCCAGGUGGUAUAGUUGUAGGCAAUUGAUUUAGCUGUAAGUGUGUUUUAAAAGUGUAAAGAAAAUAAACGGAAAAACUCACUUGCACGGGUUGAAAAGUACAGAAAUGACACUUGUGAACGUAACACUGUAGUUUAUAGAUCUUAAGCUGCUAAUUGUUGAGAGAGAUUUACAUUUGUCUUGUCUGAUUGUCACAGAUUUAUCUGUGACACUUUUACUGUAUAUAAAAACUUUAAAUAAAGACCUCAGCUAUUAA